GAUGAUGCCUGUCGACGCUGGGCGCAUAGAUGUGCCGACCAUGUAUGCUUGCAACACCGCCCAUCCCCGUCCACCGCCACACCACACGAUGCCGCCCAAGUCUAUCCUCAAGAAGACGGGCCCGCCCAUGACGGAGCGCAACGGCAAGCCCGUGCAGCAGCGCCACCUAGACGUGGCGCUGCAGCACGCGAGCAUUCUCGAGCAGCGCAAAGCUGCGGAAGCGCAGGUGCUCGACUCGAUCAUGACGCUAAUCGAUUUCCCUCCCUCACCAGACGCAGAUGCCAGGCGGCCCGCGGCUGCAGACGCGCGCGACUUCACCGACGCCGUCGCCGCCUUCCAGCCGGCCGACUACGACGCGCUCAUCGAGGAGCGCAACAUUGCCGACAAGUGCGGGUACGCGCUGUGCCCCCGGCCCAAGAUGCGCGCGCCGUCGACGGCCCGCAAGCAGUUUGUCGACACGGACCGGGGCGUAGAGAUUGUAGAGCGCAAGGUGCUGGAGGUGUGGUGUUCCGCCGACUGCGCGAAGCGGGCGCUGUACGUCAAGGUGCAGCUGAACGAGGAGCCCGCGUGGCUGCGCACAGGGGCCCACGGCGACAAGCUGGAGCUCAUGGUCGACAACGGGCCGGAGCUGCGCACAGCACUGCCCGCGCGAACGAAGCAGGCUGCACCGCCGCCCGCGAGGACAGCAGAAGAGGCCGACGUCGAGGAUGCAUGGGCCGCGCACGCCAGCGCCACGGCGGAGCUUGCGCUGGAGCGCGGGGAGAAGCCAGGCGCCGUGCCCAAGGCCAGCGGCAGCCUGGUGCAGGACACGGUCACGGAGCGCGAGUCCAGCGGCGCGCCGCCACAGCCACCGACGCUGCCUGCGGGCUGCACCAUGGCCAUUGAAGGCCACGUCCCGCGACACAACCGCGCAAAGGACGAGGCCGACGACGACGACGACGACGGGCAGGACUGGGACAGAGAUCUCAACGGGUGAGGCUGCGUUUGGUGAGGCUGCGUUUGGUGAAGACGAACAUGUCCCGGCAGCACAAACAGCACGGCGCACAACGGGCAAGGGGCGCAGAGAGCUGCAGGUCAGCGGCGUAGAGCCAAAGGGCAGUGGAGUUGAAAACACUGUAAUCACAACUGCAACACCCAUGGCUGCUGUUCAUAGCACUAUAAUCAAUACACGCGUAGACAACCACUACACAGUCACUACACAGUCACUAUACAGUCACUACACAGUCACUACAUGUUCACUACAUAAUCAC